CUACACUCACUCUCAAACAAACGUAUAUAGUGUGGAUUAAAGAGGCUGCAUUUGUCGCACGCUCUAUUAAAUUUUUGUUAAAGGCAAUUUUGUUUGGUUUUUUGUCGAUUGAACGUUUUAAAAUUGGAUUAAAAUUAUGUCUGACGACGAACAAAAUAACGAAGCAAUGGAAACCAACGAAAAUUCCGACAGCAAUGAGAAUUCGAAUGACGGUCAACCGAUGGAAAUAGAACAAGUUGAUGCCGAAUUGGACAACAAAAUGGAGAAAGAUCGCUCGAAACGAUUCAACUUUUUGCUGAAACAAACGGAAAUUUUUACACAUUUCAUGACCAACACUGGCUCCAAAUCACCAACGAAAGUUAAAACGGUGGGACGACCCAAGAAAAACAAAGAAGUACUAUUGGAAGCUACUGGAGAUCCUGGAGACCAUCGACAUCGUAAAACCGAGCAAGAAGAAGAUGAAGAAUUACUUGCUGAAACAAAUACAGCAUCGAACGUAUUUCGUUUCGAAGAAUCACCACCGUACAUUGAAAACGGAGAAAUGAGAGACUAUCAAAUCAGGGGUCUCAAUUGGAUGAUUUCGUUGUAUGAAAAUGGAAUCAACGGUAUUUUGGCCGAUGAAAUGGGUUUGGGAAAAACUUUACAAACCAUCUCAUUGAUUGGAUAUUUGAAGACACUCAAAAAAGUCAAUGGUCCACACAUUGUCAUUGUGCCGAAAUCAACCCUCCAAAAUUGGAUGAAUGAAUUUUCGAAAUGGUGUCCAUCGGUGAAAGCGGUUUGUUUAAUCGGUGACCAAAAUUCCCGUUCCGAGUUCAUUCGUGAUGUUUUAUUAUCCGGUGAAUGGAAUGUGUGUGUUACAUCAUACGAAAUGUGUAUUCGUGAAAAGAGUGCACUAAAGAAGCUGUCAUGGCGUUACAUGGUCAUCGACGAAGCGCAUCGUAUUAAAAAUGAAAAAUCCAAAUUGUCGGAAAUUUUGCGUGAAUUCAAAACAACAAAUCGUCUACUCAUCACCGGAACACCAUUACAAAAUAAUUUACAUGAAUUGUGGGCACUGCUCAAUUUCUUGUUGCCGGAUGUCUUUAACAGUGCUGAUGAUUUUGACGAAUGGUUCAAUACCAAUCAGUGUUUGGGCGAUGAUUCAUUGGUGAAGCGUUUGCAUGCGGUGUUGCGUCCAUUCUUAUUGCGUCGCUUAAAAUCGGAGGUGGCCAGUGAAUUGAAACCGAAAAAAGAAAUGAAAAUUUUCGUUGGCCUGUCAAAGAUGCAACGUGAAUGGUAUACAAAAAUUUUGAUGAAAGACAUUGGCAUCGUCAAUGGAGCCGGCAAAUGCGAGAAAAUGCAAUUGCAAAAUAUUCUGAUGCAAUUGCGAAAAUGCACAAAUCAUCCAUAUUUGUUUGAUGGUGCAGAGCCCGGACCACCAUACACAACCGACACCCAUUUGAUUUACAACAGUGGCAAAAUGGUUGUGCUCGAUAAAUUGUUGCCAAAAUUACAAGAGCAACAAUCACGUGUGUUGAUCUUCAGUCAGAUGACACGAAUGUUGGAUAUACUUGAAGAUUAUUGUCAUUGGCGUCAAUUCCAAUACUGUCGUUUGGACGGAAAAACAGCGCACGAAGAUCGUGAUCGUUAUAUCAGCGAAUACAAUUCGGAAGGAAGUCAAAAAUUCAUUUUUAUGUUGUCAACACGUGCUGGUGGUUUAGGUAUUAAUCUUGCCACCGCUGACGUUGUCAUCAUCUUCGAUUCCGAUUGGAAUCCUCAGAUGGAUUUACAGGCCAUGGACCGUGCCCAUCGUAUUGGUCAAAAGAAACAAGUGCGUGUUUUCCGUUUUGUCACCGACAAUACGGUUGAAGAAAAGAUUGUUGAGCGUGCCGAAAUCAAGUUGCGCUUGGACAAAUUGGUCAUUCAACAGGGUAAAUUGGUUGACAGUAAAACAAGCCAAUUGAACAAAGAUGAAAUGUUGAGUAUGAUUCAACAUGGUGCAAAUCAUGUGUUUGCAUCAAAAGAUUCCGACAUUACCGACGAAGAUAUCGACGAGAUUUUGGGUAAAAGUGAAGAAAAAACUGCCGAACAAAAGAAAAAAUUGGACGAAUUGGGCGAAAGUUCAUUGCGCACAUUUACACUUGAUACAGCCGAAAAAAAUCAUAACAUUUAUCAAUUCGAAGGUGAAGAUUUCCGUGAAAAGGCCAAAAUUAAUAUUGGUAAUUGGAUUGAACCGCCAAAGCGUGAACGUAAAGCAAACUAUGCAGUUGAUGCUUAUUUCCGUGAUGCAUUGCGUACAUCGGAACCAAAAGCACCGAAAGCACCACGUCCACCCAAACAACCAAUCGUUCAAGAUUUUCAAUUCUUUCCACCACGUUUGUUUGAAUUACUCGAUCAGGAAAUAUACUAUUUCCGUAAAACGGUCAAUUAUAAAGUACCACGGAAUCCAGAUUUGGGUGCCGAUGCCGUAAAAGUACAACGUGACGAACAGCGCAAAAUUGACGAAGCCGAACAAUUGACCGAUGAUGAAAUCGCCGAAAAGGAAUCAUUAAUGACACAAGGUUUUACCAAUUGGACAAAACGAGAUUUUAGCCACUUCAUUCGGGCUAAUGAAAAAUACGGACGAGAAGAUAUUGACAAUAUUGCCAGAGACGUUGAAGGUAAAACACCGGAAGAAGUCAUUGAGUACAGUCAAGUGUUUUGGGAACGUUGCCAAGAAUUGAACGACAUUGAACGUAUCAUGAAACAAAUUGAACGCGGUGAAUCGAAAAUUCAUCGUCGAGCUUCGAUUAAAAGAGCAUUGGAUAUAAAGAUGUCGCGAUACUUGGUGCCAUUCCAUCAAUUGAGAAUUUCGUACGGUACAAACAAAGGCAAGAAUUACACAGAAGAAGAAGAUCGUUUCCUUGUUUGUAUGCUACAUCAGCUGGGAUUUGACAAGGAAAAUGUUUACGAAGAGCUCCAAGCAGCUAUUCGGAAUUCGCCACAGUUCCGUUUCGAUUGGUUUUUGAAAUCACGUAAAGCGGCCGAAUUGCAACGUCGCUGCAAUACGUUGAUCAUGUUGAUUGAACGUGAAAAUCAAGAAUAUGAGGAACGUGAACGUCUCGAAAAAAAGAAGAAAGCAGUCAAAGAGAAUGUGACAUUAACAAAUGGCAGCAACGGUGCAUCGCCCGCUCAAAAAGCUGCCCAGAAAAGGAGAGCCGAAAGUUUGAACGACAGCAAAACCGGCAAAAAGAAAAAGAAAUAAAUUAACAUACAUAUACACACACACUUCCACCAAAACUAAUGGACACAUUCUCAGGGACGCUAAUAAUUACUAUUACUUCUAAUUUUUUUCCCUUCAAUUCCUAGCAAAAACAACUACAUUAAAAUGACAAUUAUUUAAUAUACACAGACUUGUUUGCGUUUGCGUGCAAUUUCUGUUUAGAUUAUUUUAAUUGUAGAUUUUUCUUGAGUUUAAGACUGAAAAAGUAUGUACUUAAAGAAAAUAGCAUCGGUCUGGCUUAUAUCACACACACAGAAAAAACCAUAGAUAUUUCAGUCUCGAGAUAUUACACACAUACAAAAAAAAUCUAGCAUUAGUAUAUUAAUAAUAUCACAUAGAGUGUAUACUUAGAAUAGAGAGUGUUGGGUUGUCACACGAAUAUUACAGACAUUUCAAUACAAAAUUAUUAUUUAUACAUUUUAACACUGUCUUUGUGUCCAAUAUUUUAGAACCUACACACUUAUUAUAAUUAUAAUAUUGAUUAAUAUGAUAUUAGAGCGAGUCGAGUGUAUUGACAUUUACUUUUAUGAGAUCAAAUAAAUUAUCACUUUUAUCGGCAGCCAA